AUGAAAGCUCUGUUUGCCUCCGCAGUGGGUGCUUUUGCAUCAAGUUGGUAUAACUUUAGUUCAGUGAACUGUGCAGCUUCGAAAAGUCCGUUUUCACAUGUGGAUUUCCGUCAAUAUACACUGAUGAACUUUUAUGAUGAGUCACACGAUACGAGAGUAUUUCGUUUCGCGUUACCGGAGGCCGACAUGUCUUUGAACCUUGAGGUAUUGUCAUUCGUGGAACUGCGGCACGUCGGUAAAGAUGGUAGUGUUCUUGUGCGUCCUUUUGCGCCCAUCAACAGUAGUAAUCAGCGUGGUUACUUUGAAAUAUUAGUGAAAAAUUACCAGAAUUCGAAAGUGGGAAAUUAUCUUUUUUCCCUUAAGAAAGGGGACGCUGCGGAGUUCAAGGGACCGUUCGUGCGAGUACCAAUAAAAUCCAAUCGAUAUAAAAAGAUUGGCAUAUUAGCGAGUGAUACUGGUAUCGCCCCCGUUUAUCAGGUCGCCAGGAAUGUAUUACGGGCACCGAAUAACAAAACAGAAAUUUCACUGAUUUAUGAAAAUACUCGCAAAGAGGACGUUCUUUUGGGAAAUGAACUGAAUGAGCUAAUGCAGACAUACCCACUUUUUUCGCCAUACUUUGUUUUAUCCAAGGCGCCUUCGGACUGGAUGGGUGGGGUCGGACACAUUACCAAGGAAAUGGUCAAAGCGCUGAUGCCAGCGCCAAACCGUGUCGGGGAUUCUAUCAUACUUGUCUCUGGGCCGCCUCCAUUCUUGGAUUCAAUAUCGGGGAAUAAAGAGAAUGGUACCAGCCCGGCCGAGCAGGGUGACCUCAAAGGUGUAUUAAGUGAACUUGGUUACAUACAGAAAAUGGUGUUUAAAAUUUAG